GGAGGAGAUUGGUUAUUUCCCUUCUCGACCUUCUUCCCUGAAAGCUCUCCCUACCCUUUUUCUCUUCUUCCAUAUUCUCUUUCUGGGUCUCUUCAAGGUACGAUUCUGCUUCAGCUCUUGUAAACUUUUUAGUGUUCUUGAUCUUCUGUUUUGCGCUCAUUUUGUUAGCUAGAGAUCAGUAAAGCUUAUUUCUUUCAUUUGGGCUUAUCUGUAUAUCAUCAUCUUUCAACCUGUUGGGCUUUUAGAUUCUCGUUUUUUGUCUCAAUUUGUUAUAUUCUCCUUCUGAAAUUGAUCGAUUAGAGAUAGGCCUUUCUGGGGUUUACUUUUGUUUCAAGACUUUGUUUGUGAGACGAUCAUGGAUCCCAAGUCUCCUGAAUUUUCUGAUUAUUAUAUAAAUGGUAUCCAAGAUGGACAAGAUACAAUCUUGACCAAUCCUGACCAGAACCCUAGUCUCACAAAUGGGUUUGACUUCCAUGUUCCCUCUCCAGAUCUUAGUUUCAUGGAUGUCCCAUUUCUUCCCUCUAAUUCAGAACCUGCUGCUAGUUUUCCUUCGUCUGUUUCUGUUAGUGGCGCUGAUGAGGUCUCUUUCACUGCGACCACGGGCUGGAGCCCCGCGGGAGAUUCUUCCUCUCCCGCCAGUGAUACUGAAUCCUCAGAUCCUGUUCUCAAGUUCAUAAGCCAGAUUCUUAUGGAAGAGAACGUGGAGAAUGAGCCAUGGGAAGACCCAUUGGCUCUACGAUACACUGAACAAACAUUAUAUGAAGCACUGGGAGAGCAGUAUCCUC